ACGGGAGAUAGAACAAGUGGAAGAAGAGCGGAAAAAAAGAGCGGCUUCCUGGAAAUUUACUAAAAGAGGCGCACUUGGAUUCGCUUGGUUUCUGCAUCGAAGUCUAGGUCAGCCCACUUCCCCUUCUAUUCUCUUCUCUUAUCAGCACAAAACCUCACGUCUCAGACCUAGAUUCUUCACGUUCUCCCAAAACGGCAUUUCUCCCUUCGACAAAACGACACCGUCACUCCACCAGUGCCCAUUUCUCUCUCCCUCUAAGGCAUGUUAUUCCCUCACUCUCUCUCUCUGUCUUCUCCUUCUCCUCCCUCAGCUUUUCCAUCUCUCUAUCACAUCCAUUGGAAAUACCCGUUGACUUAUUUUCCUUCCCGCUUUGAUUUUUAGACAUACGAAAAAGGAUAUUUUUAAAAGCAGGGGAAAAUAACAGAUAAUGGACCAAGCAGUUCUCGAUGAUAUUAUCAGGCGCCUUUUAGAGGUCAGGGGCAAGCCCGGCAAGCAGGUACAGUUAUCCGAGGCUGAGAUCCGGCAGCUCUGUGUCGUUUCUAGAGAGAUUUUCGUGCAGCAGCCUAAUUUAUUGGAGCUUGAAGCGCCCAUCAAGAUUUGUGGUGACAUUCAUGGACAAUAUUCUGAUCUUCUAAGGCUGUUUGAAUAUGGUGGAUUACCUCCACAUGCAAAUUACUUGUUUUUGGGGGAUUAUGUUGAUCGAGGCAAGCAAAGUCUGGAGACAAUAUGUCUUCUCCUUGCUUAUAAGAUAAAAUAUCCUGAAAACUUCUUCCUCUUGAGGGGAAACCAUGAAUGUGCCUCUAUAAACCGCAUAUAUGGCUUUUAUGAUGAGUGUAAGAGAAGAUUUAAUGUUAGGCUAUGGAAGAUAUUCACAGAUUGUUUUAAUUGUCUACCAGUGGCGGCUCUAAUUGAUGAGAAGAUUCUUUGCAUGCAUGGAGGUCUUUCUCCUGACGUGCAUGAUUUAGAUCAGAUUAGAAACUUACAACGCCCCACUGAUGUACCAGACACAGGUUUACUUUGUGAUCUUCUCUGGUCAGAUCCUAGUAAAGAUGUUCAAGGUUGGGGAAUGAAUGAUAGGGGAGUUUCAUAUACCUUUGGUCCUGACAAGGUGACAGAGUUUCUUGAGAAGCAUGAUUUGGAUCUCAUUUGUCGUGCUCACCAGGUUGUGGAGGAUGGAUAUGAGUUCUUUGCCGAUAGGCAACUUGUAACUAUAUUUUCAGCGCCUAAUUAUUGUGGAGAAUUUGAUAAUGCUGGUGCCAUGAUGAGUGUGGAUGAGACCCUAAUGUGCUCUUUCCAAAUAUUAAAGCCUGCUGAUAAAAAGUCAAAAUUUAACUUUGGGAACACAGCCACAGCAAAGGUGGGAAACACUUCUGGAGGUGGUGUUUUGGGGAGUACAACUACAGCCAAGCCUGGAAACUCUCCAGCAGGAGUCAAGUCUUUCCUGGGUGCAAAAGUAUGACAAGUCGACAUCCGGUUAGAGUCAUCAUGAACACGCCGAGAUUGCUAUGACAGGAAAUUUGGGGUCCAUUUAGUUUCAUUAUAAUAUGCUGAAAUUGUAUAAAAUGGCAGAGAGAAAAUAGAAGCUAAUGCAAAAGAUUUUUUUUUUCCCCUUUUAUAAAGUUGGGUUGAAGAUAGAAGGCUGUACGGAUCCUCUUCCUGAUUGUACACUAAUAGCUGCUGAACUUGCUGCUAUGAAUUAUUUCCAUGUUGCGCAUAAUCCUUAAAUGUUUCGCUCAUCUCUGAGAUAACGGAGAAUGUGAAAAACGCUUUUUAGCUCAUAUGGUGACUGAAUGAAGGCCAGCAGCUGGGAGUUUCAGACUUUUUCCUUGUUUUGUUUCUCAAGUAAGAUAUAUUUUUUUUCUUCUUGCCCAGAUUGCUUUUGAACAUGAAGAAUCUGUGGCAAAGAAGUUCUUGCCUUCUUUGACCCAGUGGGUUGCAGUCAAGAUUGAAAAAUCCAAUUCAUGAUCA